AUGGCCCAUGUUCUUUUGCCGUUUGAGGAUGUGCAGUCCUCAAAUUCACGUGCCUAUGGUGCCGCUCUAGCUGAAAAAGAUGGCGUGAGUGGCGCGAAUUGUGAGAGAGAUGAGCUGAACCUUACCCAGCUCACCAUGAUCACUUUGCUGGGCGAAGCAAAGAAGCAGAUUGGCUGGACAGAACAGGAGGCCACAUCUGCGGCGACGGCGCAACCAGCCCAGACAAGUUGCAUCAGGCACCCUCCCGCAGUGACAUUUUCAAGAUCCACCGACGAAGUGAAGGCUUUGGCAGCAAAGAUUCGAAUGCCUGCCAAGUCGUUUCAGACUUCCAACCCUCCAUCGAGUUCCACAUCGCGCUGCCCCACAGCAGAAGGUCUUGCACAACAGUUCGUAGCGGCCAUCGGCCAAGUCCCUGGCCCGCUCCAAGUUUUCUCAGCAGCCAAGUUCUGCGUUGCAGAAUGGAGAAUCGCUGUGAGUAGACUGGGGAAAGAGCGGCAGAUUGUCUCUCACCAGAUACCGGUCAAAACAUCGUCCAGCGCAGACGAAAGCAUGUUCGUGGUCAUCCUCCGACACGUGAAGCAGGGCAAAGGUCAAGUAUCGCAGAUGGAGAUCAAAUGCCAGCAAGUACAGAAUCCCAAUGCUAGUUUUUGGAUUUCCUUUCGGGUCACCGUCGGUUCAAGGACCCACAGCGGAUGCCAUGACUUUGCCAAUAAUUGCGUGGCGAGACUGCGCGACCCAAGAACGGGCUCUCCACAAUCGUGGAACUUGAACGCAAACCAGGACAAGGAUGGAUUUGCGCGGAUCAUGCUAGAAAUCGUCACGGAACAAUGA